CCACAGAUGGCCGCUGCGGUGUCCAAUGCCGGAGGGCUAGGUCUCCUUACUGCGCUCACCCAACCAAACUCCGAAGCUCUUCGCGAAGCGAUCAAGGAAACGCGUAGACUCACGGAUAAACCCUUCGGUGUCAACAUCACUAUUCUCCCCGCUAUCAAUCCCCCCGAUUACGGUGCAUUUGCACGAGCCGCCAUUGAAGAAGGCGUAAAGAUAUUUGAAACGGCCGGGAAUAAUCCGGCACCGAUGGUCAAAUAUCUCAAACAACAUGGAGCGAUCGUAUUGCACAAGUGCACCACUAUCCGACACGCCAAGUCCGCCAUCAAGAUGGGCGUGGACAUUUUGUCCAUUGACGGCUUUGAAUGUGCGGGACAUCCAGGAGAGGAGGAUAUUGGAGGAGUUCUAUUGCUUGCUCGUGCAGCUCAAGAGUUGGAUGUUCCCUAUAUUGCGUCCGGUGGGUUCGGAGACGGACGGGGCUUAGCAGCGGCUCUUUCCCUAGGCGCAGAUGGUAUCAACAUGGGCACCCGCUUCAUGGCAACCGUUGAAGCACCUAUUCACCAAAACAUCAAAGAAAUAAUGGUCAAGUCCACCGAACAAGAUACAAUUCACAUUUUCCGCACUCUCAACAACACUUCACGCGUUUAUAAGAAUAAUGUUGCCAAAGAAGUUGUACGGCUGGAACGACGACCUGGUGGAGCUAAAUUUGAAGAGCUGAGAGAGCUCGUGAGAGGGGAACGUGGAAGGAGAGUUUACACGGAGGGGGAUGUCGAUGCGGGGAUUUGGGGUGCUAGCGUCGCGCUUGGGUUGAUAAAGGAUAUACCUACGUGCAAAGAAUUGUUGGACAGGAUGGUGAGAGAGGCCGAGGGGGUCAUUGACGAAAUGAAUAGCUUGAGAAAGCCAAAGGCGAAGCUAUAACAAUGGUUUGGCCUAGCUGAGGUUCGCCUGGUCUUAUCAUAUGGUAGUUAUUUUUGUUGAAAUUUUUUCUUGGUACGCUGUGGACCGACCAUUGAGUCCGUCGGACUAUGUUUCUUGCGCACGGAAAUUUCCUUGUAGGAUUGCCCGAUGGUUCCGUUUAUGGAGUCCAUGUUGAUGGACGCAGUCGAGGAUGGCUUAAAAGCCACCUCGCGCAAUUUUUUCUCUUCUUUCCUCAGUUCACGCACUUGGAACUGAGCGCUUAUAUAUAUGCGACUAGUUCAUAAUUCCAAUAAUUUUUGUGUAUAAAAUCUCUAUUGUG